AGUCUUCUACUACACUUCUGGUAGUCCACGACUUUUAGCGCUCUAGGAUGCAGACCCUCUCGGCUUGCCGCUGCGUGGCGGGCGCUCGCCCGUUCACGGCUGUGCGGCCUCUGCCUGCAGCCCGCCCGAUGCAGGCUGCUGCCCCUCGCCGCGCUCCCCUCCACAUUAUGAACCUCCGUGUUAACAACGUGGAGAUUCCCAACAGCAAGCGCAUUGAGGUGUCCCUUCAGUACAUCUUCGGCAUUGGCGAGACCACGGCCCAGACUAUCCUGCGCGACACGGGCGUGGAGAACAAGAAGACCUAUGAGCUGAACGAGGAGGAGAUCAACAAGCUGCGUUCGGAGGUGGAGAAGUACACGACCGAGGCUGACCUGCGCCGUGUGGUGGCUCAGAACAUUAAGCGGUUGAAGGACAUCGGCUGCUACCGCGGCCGUCGCCACAUCAUGGGCCUGCCCGUGCGUGGCCAGCGGACAAAGACCAACGCCCGCACCCGCAAGGGCAAGGCCAAGACCGUCGCCAACAAGAAGAAGGCCACCAAGUAAAUGCUUGGCGCUUUGGACCUGUUGAUUCAUGAGCGAUGGAGGCAGCUGCGGGCGCUAGCAUAGUUGGAGUCCCGGCGGAGCUAUGGCGAAGGAUGUGGGCCAUGCGUGCAGAUGCAGCACGAUUAUUUACAUGGUCGAUGGAAGAGCGGGUUAUGCCGGAGGCCGCAGGCUACAGAGCGGGGAGAGCGCACCCAAAUUUGCAGGGCGCCAAGCCCCUGCGUACUGCUGUGCACCGGAUGCUGGUCGGGCGUGACGAGGCGGCAGAGGGACAGGACGAGUAUCUGUCAGUAGUUGGGCGGUAGCUGUUGUGGGCAGGCGCCGCUGCCAGUGACGAGGCGUGCGUUCCAGGAGCCGCGUGUUUUCCAGCCAGCGCGGCACCUGGCCACGGUGUGUGUGUUUGUGUACAUGCGGCACAACUUGGCGCUCGGCAUGAGCUGAGGCCGCAUUAAAAAGCUUGCAGUCAAGAAUGUAAGUGUCAAAGCCGAAGCGGAGUGCUGGGUCCCUCCUUUUGGCGAGAUGAUCCCCUAUGACGGGCGCGGAGCAGGGUCCUUCGCGUUGUUCAAGCAACACCUGGGCGCCUUAUCAGUUGCCCGCAUGGUGGCGCUCGUCAGCUGCGUGCACGCGACCGAGUUCUGCAGCACGUCUUGUCGACGGCACUGCGUGGUUUGCGCAAACCGUAGUCUCCGCUCCCGAUUCCCGUAUUGGCGUUCGCUGUUGACACUGUUGACAACAGGGGAGCAGAUCACCGCGAAUGACAGGGAAUGAAAUGUGCCAAUGAGGUGGCACUUCAUCGGGCCGAGUCACGUAACGUUUUGAGUGGACCUUCCGUGUGCGCUGGCUCCGUCUCUGAGACUACUCCCAGAACAAGAAUAAGUCGAUACGAUUUGCGA